AUGAAAGAGAAACAUCUUAAGUGGUACAGUCCUUUCGUGUUCCUUGUUGGAGCUAUGUUAAGUUUUGCUGAUCUUAUCACCGACAUACUUACACUGGUAGAAUUCUACCGCGCGAAUCACAAAGUAUGGUUUGGUGUGGGGCUUACUUUUGUUUUAUUGCCAUGUUUGGCGUUUCCAGUAGUGUUCUACCUGUCGCGUACCAGUAGAUCACACCUUUCACCUUCUAAUUGGGCAAGAACUGCUCUUUGCGCAUUGCAUCCAUUUUCAGCAGCCUUCGCAAGACUAGAAGCUUUACUUCUCACUCUCAAGAAAUGGCGGUAUGAAGAUGAAAUCGACCUCUACUUUAAAGACAAAGCUGAAGAUCUAUUCAGUUACAUUGACUUAGUUGUACUCUUUGAGGCAGUCCUUGAGUGUGCUCCACAAUUUAUAAUUCAGUUGUACGCCAUCAGUGUUCAGGAGGAACCAGCUGCAAUUAUCCAAAUCAUUUCUCUACCUAUCUCUUUCCUCACUCUGGCAUGGGCCUUCACAGCCACUGAUAAGAUGUCUCUUGUAGCGAACCAUAUAAUGCCAAGUAGCAGUUAUCUGAAUGUUAAACACAAACUAGUAUUGUAUGCAACUCACUUGCUCCUCCUGAGCAGUCGACUGUUCGCCAUCUGUUAUUUCACCGUCAGCUACAAGUGGUGGGUUAUUGGUGUAUUAAUGGUUCAUUGUUGUGUGAUGGUAAUAGCGACUGUUAUUCAGCAUAGAGAUAAAGUUUGCUGUAAUGCCUCUAAAGUUUUCGUUACUUUAUUGUUCAUGGGCAUUCACAGUCUAAGAGAUGACUUUACACAUAUUACGAUAAGAGUAGACGUAAAUGGUGUAAAUAGGAAUGUAUAUUUCUCACAUAUUUUGUUUGUAUUAGAAAACUUCUUUAUGAUCCUGAUGUUUUAUUUCACUCACCCCAACGCUUGGUACUCUUUACCUGUCACUGUGUGUGUUUGUGUGUUCAGUGUUCUUGGAUCCACAAUGAGAAUUUGCCUAUUUCGUUGGCUUAGCAAGAGACCUGCCGAACAGCUCAGCAGCUGUGAUGACAGCAGUAAUGUGAAUGCUAGUGUUGAGAAGUGUUAUGAAAGUUCAGUAUAA